UGGAAAGCGGAGGCUUGGUAUUGGACGUGGCGCCAAACGGUCAGGUUUUAAAAUUUGGCGAGCGAGAGCCGGAGUCGGAGCGGUCGGUGGUCAAGCUAAUCUGGUAUGAGUUUGCAUUUGGAUGAAAACAGUUAUUUGGACUUUCAAGGCUCCACUAUAAUGAAUGAACAGUGUGACCCGUCAACACCGAUUGCAAACACAGGGAAACCAACUCUUCGAAUGGCAGAGAAGGAAAAUUUCCCUCCCAAAAGUUCAACAAAACUUUCCAAGGUGUCCUUCCAAACACCUGCAAGAGACCCUGUUACACGGAAAAUAUUGAGUCCACAUAUCACCAAUGUUGCAUUUCAGAAAACUGGAAAAUAUGAGGAAAUAGCAUUGAAUAUACAGGGUCCAGAAAAUCUUAAUGAGGAUAAAUGGCACAAAGAUUCUGGUGGUAGUUCUGAAGUAUCUAAUCAGCAAGAGACCAGCCAAUCUGUUGCCAAUGAAGAACAAGUUCCAUCUCAUGGAGCAUAUACACUUGAUCUUGACAUGCUUGAUUCAAUAAAUCCAUUUCAAAGUAAUUCAAAAGUCAUGAAUUCGCCAGCUCAGAAACCGAGUGACAACGAGCUUGACUCUCAUGAGCAAAGUCUCAAAAUUACCCCAGUGAAUAGUCAAAUGCUUCUUGAGGAGACUGCAAACAUGUCUUUAACCCCUCCUUAUAACAUUAAUGCAGAUCAGAGAAUGAAUACAUCAGCAGACAUGCCUUUACAAAUGGAGUGUCAAAGAGGAGGCAUAGAGGAGGAUUCUGAGGUAAUUGUAUCUCAGAAGUUGAACAGCUUUGAAGGAGAUUGUCUUGAGAAGACUGAUCUCUGCAAAAGUGAGGCAGAAGUGGAAAGUUUAGAGCUUGCUGUAGAAAAUUCUUUGAAUCUCAACUGUGACAGCACAAGUGUCACAUCUGACUCCCUCCAGAUGGAAGUGCAAGAACCAAAGACUUCCCCAGUGCUUAUUCAAGAUGUUGCAUCUGAAAAUGCCCAGAAAGUUGACGCUGAUUCUUUGCAACCAGUAAAGUUGGAGUUUGCAUUUGAUGAUGAAGUGAAGAAGAAACCACCACUGAAGUUGGGGAAAAGACCUGGAGGGCAGUUAUGCCCCAAGAAAUCCAGAGAAACUACAGAGAAAUCAGCGCACAACAAAUCUGAAGAGCAGAUUAAGGAGGUUGUAAAACGGAAUGAAAUCCAUCCUGAUGAACACUGCAAAUUGGAAGAACAGAGUAAGGAGGCUAUAAAAUUGAGUGAAACUGAUCCUGUAGUCCCAAAAUUUAGCUACAGUGUUGACUGGGACAAAUUAGAUGACCUAAAUUUCAAUCCUUUUGGUGGAAUUUCAAAAGUUAGUAACUCUCCCAGCUCUAAGUUGCCAGAAACCAACUCUGCAAAGCAAUUAUUGCAAGAUGAACAAGAGAAUGUUGAGCCUUCUGCAGACAAAGUGGAUAUAUUGCAGAAGCCAGAAAACACUCCAGGGGCAAAUGGAUCUACUGAAGGAAUUAAAGAAGUUCAGAAGCAACCUGUAAAGAAGAACACUUGUAAGGUUAAGCCCAUGAGGGAAGUCUCAGCAAUUCCUUUAUUUCAGGAGCCUCAAAUUUUUGCUAUUGGAGAUAUUAUUGAGUCCAUGCCAGUAUCUAAUUCUGAAAGGAAGAUUUCAGACCGAGUACAACCAACGAGGAGUGAAGAAGUGACACAGGACAGGAAAGAUCUUGAGUUCGCCAUGGCAGGAAGCUCUGAAUUUCUCGAUGGCAUCAUUGAAGGCGAAGCUGAAGAAUUCAGACCGGCUGACCAAAUUCCAACAUUUAAUGAACCAAUUGAAGUUGACUACCUGGAGCAGUUUGGUCACUCACUGUUUCAUGCUUCUGCUUUGAGAAAGCAGUCUCUAUACCUGAAGUUUGAUCCUCUGUUGCGGGAAAGUCCUGUUAAGGUAACUGCUAAGCCCCUGGAAACGAAGCCCAAUGUGGCAGAUCCACCAACUGCAAGUAUUAUUGAUCUUGAAACCAGAUCUCUUGCUCUUCCUAAUGAAGAAACAGUCGAUACGGCUCCCUUAAUUCCUGAUGUGCAAUCUAUUCUUAAUGAUCCAGUGACUGAUUUUGCACCUACUGUUUUUGCUGAAGAUACAAUUAUUGAUGUACUCAAAUAUAGCCAAAAAGACAUGGAUGCUGCAAUUCAAGCUGUGAAGCAAGAGGCAGAUGAAGCCAUAUCAGCUAUGAAGCAAGAGCUUGCUCGUCAGGAAGCUAUAACUUUGGAAUGGAAAAAGAAGCAUGAGGAAAACCUUGUACAACGUGAAGAAAUGAAGCAAAUUAUUGAUGGAUAUACUGAACUGGUUUUGCAAAUGAAUGAGGCAUCUAGCAAAAAGAUUGAAAUGGCCAAGGCAGAAGUGGACAAAGUAACUGAAGAAAAGCAGCAACUCUUAAAGGAUCUGAAUUCAGCUGAAAUAUCAUUUUCUGAACUAUUCAAACGAUUUGAAAAACAGAAAGAAGCAAUUAAUGGUUACGUAAAGAAUGAAGAGAUACUAAAGAAAUGUUCUCAAGAUUAUCUUGCAAGGAUUAAGAAGGAAGAACAGAGAUAUCAGGCUCUAAAGGCUCAUGCUGAAGAAAAAUUGAAUCAAGCAAAUGAAGUGAUUGCACAAGUUCGCAAUAAAUACACAGCAGAAAUUGCUGCUGUCGAGGCUCAGCUGCGGAAGGAGCAAAUGAAAAUCAAUUCCUUGGAAAGGAGUCUGGAAGAUAAGACUAAAGAAAACUUGGAACUGUCAAAGAUCUGUGAUGAACUGAUUUCCAAUAUGAAAAAGAACUGAUUUUCCUGUCUUGUAAAUAAAAAUAGCUUAGUGACAAGAUAUGAACUUUCUUUUAUAACUAAAAUACUAGAGAAAUAAAGUUUAAUAUUUAAUUUGCAGUUGUGUGCAAGAUUUGGAAUAAUAAGAAAGCAGUAGGAAUAAGCCUGAUCUUGCAUAUCUGUUCCUACAUGAAUCUUUAUUCCCUUGUAUCAUAAAAUCCACCAGUCUGGAACAUGAGGGGCUCUAUACAGUGAUCUUUGUUUAGAAUAAAAUUCUUUUAGGAGUUAACAAGGGAGAUGGUUCUCUGUAGUGGAAAGAACCAGAGGUCACUGUACUUUCAACAAGAGAGAAACAUCUCCCCAAUCAGCUCCUAUAAGAAUUUUGUACUUCUAAACUAAACAGACAAGACCAUACUUUCUAAUCUCUGUGCAAAAUUCGUGUAUUUUGGAAUUGAAUCUUUGCUACACAAUUGUAAAUAUAUCCUUUGUGACUAGACACUUACACAACAUUACAGGUGCUGACUUUCUAGUGCUUUUGGUAAUUGGGAACAAAGAUGUCGCUAGUAUUUGCAACAAGUUAGUAAUUGUCCUUAACUGCUUGCUGAGCCAUGUUAACUAAACAUGCUAACUAAAAGAUUUAUACACAAUUUGUGAGAAGAUCAAUAGAAAGCUGAUCCUUGCCUCACUUGUGCUCCCACCUUUGCAUUACUUUAUCCAAUAGAUUUUUCAAAUGUAUUGUUUGGCAUAACAUUUCAAGUUGCUUUUAGGUUGCAGAUUGUGCAAGCUGUUGCUUGUGGUGAGUAAUUUUAAAAAUUGAACAGGACCAGGUGGGAUAUUCAGAAAUGCUUGAGCUUGUUGGGUAAAUAGACACUUGGCAUUGGGUUGAGUGGGAGGAUGUUUUCAUUGUGGGGGCCAGGGCAAGGAUAGUUUGGGAACUUGUAGAUUUGGCUCAAGAGGCCAAGUGUGAGAAGAGAUUGUCCAAGUUGUUUCUGGCAAGUUUCUUGCACAAUGGAAUUCUUUUGUGUGAUGUGGGAAGAUGGGGAGACCUCUAAUAUUCCUGACUACACCUGCAAGAAGUGCAUCCAGCUGCAUCUCCUUGGGGGAACUGGAGCUGUAUGAAUUCUGGAUCAUUCAGGAGGCUGAGAGUUUAUUGCCAGAUGUGAGGAAGUAGUUACGCCUAAGGUAACUGUUAGGAGGGUGGGGUGAGGGAUAGGCAGACACUGCACUUAUUCCUAUGGCCAUUUCCCCCUCUAACUGGUAUACCACUUCAGAUAGUUGUGGGGGGAGGGGUAGUGAUUACCUAGCAUUUGGGUCUUCAGCACUGAGUCCGGCUCUGACUCCGAAGAAAGGGGGAAUUUUGUGCAUUUUUGUUUUUGAUCAGAGCAUUUGCAUAUAAUGACAGUGCUAGAUUAAACUGGAACUGAGCUGAAACUGAAUAUGCCUGGACUCUUUCCUCGAUUUUUGUGGGUUGGUGUGUAACAUUGUGUUUUGUGUGGGUUUUUUUUGCAUGUGGGGGGAAUUCUAAUUUUCUCCAUCUGGGUUCCAUGGUUUUUGUUUCAUGGCUCUCUGAAGACUAAUCUCAGGGUUGUAAAACUGCAAACAUACUUUAAUGUCCUUUGAACUACCUGGAACACUAAUUUUAAUACUGACAGACUUGCUAACUAUGCCUUGUACAUUCACAUCAAAAAGAUUUGUAUAUAUUACAAACAAUAUACGUAGGUUCCAGAGCUAACCCCUGUGGCACACUGAACACAGGUCUUCAGUCUUUGCAAUCAUCCUCCUCCUAAACUUGCUCACAAUGCUCCAAGUGUGGAGAAGGAAAACUCUGAUUUAUUCAUUUUUUUUAAACCUCCGUGCCUUGCGGCCCCACGGGAAAGGCUUCAGGAAUAAACCCCGAGGAAGAAAUGCGGAGCUGGGGUCCCUGAGGUAGUUUGAUGUUUAAAACUUCACUCUAGCAACCUCUGCAACAACAUUGGUGCCAAGCUGUAGUGGCACUUGCCCUUCCCUUGGUGAUGCAGAGAGGGGGAGCAACAGCUGAUUCUUAAAAUCUUCCUGCCCAGGCUUGUGCCCUGGAGAGGACACAGUUCACCAGAGGUGCAAACCCACUGGGAUCGACAGCUGCCUACUACUACAAGUGAGGCCUCACCAGUACUUUUCUAAAGCCUUAAUGGUGCAUUCUUUUUUUAUAUGCUAGUCCUCUCAAAAUCAAUGCUAACAUUGUAUUUGCCUUCCUCAACACCAACAACCUACAAAUUAACCUUUAGGGAAUCUUGCAUGAGGCCUGCAAUUUAAGGUCCCUUUGCACCUCAUUUUUAAUUUUCUCUUAGAAAAUAGUCUCAUUGGCCUCCAUCUGAACCAUAAUCCUCCCAACUCCUUCCAUCCAAGUACCUGUCUAAAUUUCUUAAAUGGUGAAAUGAACCCUGCAUCCACCUCUUCUGCUGCCUGCUCAUUCCAUGCUUUCACCAUCCCCUCAUAUUCCCCUUAAACAUUACACUUUUAACCUAGUGGAAAAAGCAUGCUUGGAUCUGCCCUUUUGAUAGUGGUCAUAAUUUUAUACAUCUAUCAAAUCUCCCUUCAUUCUAGUAUGCUCCAGGGAAUAAAGUCCUAACCCAUUCAACCUUCCCCUAUAACUCAAGUCUUCAGAUCUGGCAACAUCCUCUUAAUUUUUUUUUCUGCACCCUUUCAAUUGUAUUGAUAUCUUCCUUGUAGGUAAGUGGCUGGAACUGCACACAAUACUCCAAAUUAGGCCUCACUUCAGGACUGGGUAAAACUUAAUGAGAUGAACAAAAUCUGUAGCCAUAAUGGGGUAAUUUACCACUUGUCUAUACCAGCCUCCUAUGUUCUGCCUCUUGUCACCAGGUGACCAGAAUUAAAUCCUGUCAUGAUGCAGGGUUUCACUGUGAUGUGUCAGAGUCGAUGCCCUUGAGUGGUCACUCUUCAACAUCUCCAUAUUUAGUAAAAGUCUUGGUCACUGGCCUGGUUACAAUGGUGUAACGAUUGUGAAAGGAAUAACUGGUCUUCACAGUGACCUUGGGGAUGGUGGAGGAGAGAUUGUUCAUUUUUCCUGCUCCUUGACAGGGUUAAGGGAGAUCCAAGGCUAAAAGGUGCUUGAAAGCAAGAAAAUGGUGGGGGCAUUGCACAAUAUAUUUUGAAUUAUUCUUCCUUGUUCUAUUUAACAUUAAAGUAUUAGGAAAUAAAAUGGAAUGUUGAAGGGAAUAUUAUGAACAGGACAUUUGCAAAGUCACAUCGCCUGUGAAUCUGUUGGGGCAAUCUAUUGUAUCUGGUGCUGCUGAUGUGACCUCCUCUACAUUGGUGAGACCUCAUGUAAAUUGGGGGACCACUUUGAUCUUAGCUGAUCAAAGAGGAAGUAAUGUAAGGAAUAAUAAAUUCUAACACCAGCA